AUGGCUUCGGCCGGGCCGGGCCCGUACCGUCCACGGGACCCCACUCCCCCUGGAGUUGACCCCGGACCUCAGUCCUCCCUCCCUCCCUCCUCGAGUUCCCACUGCCCGGCGCUGGCCGGGGCCUCAGAACCCCGGAGGCCCCCAGACGCCGUCCUGGGCCGACCCCGGCCCCGCGAUCGCGAGCAGGGCUUGGGCGGCGCCCGGGAAGAGCUGCCCCCUCGCCCCGGCCCAGCCCGCGGAUCCCGGCUGAAGUUUGCCGGCCGUUCGCCUCCAAAUCGACGCAUAGUGGGCCGGGCCCAGCGCCGCGAAAUCGGCCGGGGAGCGUCCCUCCCGCGGAGAAGCCAAGCAAACACCGCCUCUCCGGGUAGAGGUUCCCCAUAUACCUCCUGCCUACUUCCGCUUCUCUUUGAUUUCUGGAGCGUCCACAGUCCUGCAGGCAUGGCCCUUUCGGUGUUGGUCAUCUUCCUCCUGGCUGUGUUGUAUGAAGGCAUCAAGGCUGGCAAAGCCAGGCUGCUCCACCAGGCCCUGAUGAGCCUGUCCGUCUCCACCAGCCAGCAGCUCAUCGAAGAGACAGACCAGAAUUCUUCAGGCUCAGAGUCCCCCGCAGUCAGCAGAACCCACCUCAGGUGGUUCUUGUGUCACUUCGGCCAGUCUCUACUUCAUGUCGCUCAGGUGGUCAUCGGCUACUUCAUGAUGCUGGCUGUUACGUCCUACAACACCUGGAUUUUCUUUGGCGUGGUCCUGGGCUCAGGUGUGGGCUACUACCUAGCCUAUCCACAUCUCAGCAUGACUUAGCUGGUGACAGCUGUGCAGGCUCUGGGGGCUGGAGAGAGCUGGGGCCCCUCCUUCCAGACAUUGAACUUUCAGCCCCACGUCUCCUUUUUCUUCUGUUGG